AUGCAACUCGCACACCUUCUUGCCGCUAGUCUCGUCUCGGGUCAUGCUGUGGCUCAUGAAUCCCUCUCACGCCGCGGUAUUAACUGCGGACUUCACGCAAGUGCUGACUUUGACGCUACCUGUGAGACCUUCGCCAGUAGCUGGGGAUUGUCAGUCGACACCCUCAAGCAGCUGAACCCCGGUAUAAGCUGCCCCAAACCCGACACUAGCAAGAUGUACUGCGUGUUCGGCACUGUCAACGAGGACCCUUCGAGCAGUACAUUCAAGACUACAGCCACCAAGGCUCCAACCACUACCACAACUACCAAGUCUGCCUCGAGCGUCUCCCCCACCAUGCCCGGGAUCGUUGACAACUGCGACGGCUUCUACAAGGUCUCUUCCGGAGACCAGUGCGACACUAUCGCUAAGAAGCACGACUGCACAAAUCUCUGGCUGGACUACUACGUCUGCGUCCACGCGCCCGGCGUAACCACGACGACAAAAAAACCACCGAAGCCGACUGGCAAGCCCAAGCCCACGCCCCAGAUGCCCGGGAUCAUUGAUAAUUGCAAGUCAUUCCACUUAAUCGAGGAUGGGGACAGCUGCUGGUCUAUCGAUAAGGAGGCAGGUAUCACGCUCGCCCAGUUCCGGUCGUGGAACAAGGAGAUCGACGCAGGGUGCACGAACCUCUGGCUGGGCUACUACGUUUGUGUUGGCGUCUGA